GGAUAUCGUGACGAUUCAUUGAGAGCAGUUGAAAGGAAUCGUACGGAGUAUGGACUUGAGCUGACGAUUCUGUCAUACAAAGACCUGUACGGAUGGACAAUGGAUGAGAUUGUUGCGAAAAUCGGCAAAAAGAAUAACUGCACAUUUUGCGGAGUUUUCAGACGUCAAGCACUGGACAGAGGAGCUCAGAUGCUGAAAGCGAAUAAACUUGUGACUGGACACAAUGCGGAUGAUCUGGCCGAAACAGUGCUAAUGAAUAUACUAAGGGGUGAUAUUGCUAGAUUACAACGAUGUACCAGUAUUAUUACUGGUGCAGAUGGAUGUUUACCUCGCGUUAAACCCUUCAAGUAUACGUUCGAGAAGGACAUUGUGAUGUAUGCACAUUUCAUGAAACUUGACUACUUCUCAACCGAAUGCAUUUAUGCGCCAAACGCAUAUCGAGGAUAUGCGAGAACAUUCAUUAAAGAGUUGGAAAGAAUAAGGCCUCGAGCUAUUUUAGAUCUGAUUCGUUCAGGUGAAGAUUUGGCGAUUCGUGGAGAGGUUGCCUUACCCGAGCUAACCAAUUGCGAGAGGUGUAAAUAUAUUUCAUCUCAAAGACUAUGCAAAGCGUGCCUUUUGUUGGAAGGAUUGAAUACAAAUGAUUUAACAAUGGGAGUGAAAAAAGUACGUCCUUUCUAA